AUGACCCAAACUGAAAUUCUUGAAUUCGCCAGAGAGAUUGGUAUUGAUCCCAUCAAGGAACCGGAGCUGAUGUGGCUGGCGCGGGAGGGCAUUGUGGCCCCACUGCCUGUGGAGUGGAAGCCCUGCCAGGACAUCACAGGUGAUAUUUACUAUUUCAACUUUGCCAACGGUCAGUCCAUGUGGGACCAUCCAUGUGAUGAGCACUAUCGGAACUUGGUGAUCCAAGAGCGGGGGAAGCUGUCAGCUCCUGGAACCAUUAAGAAGAAAGACAAGAAAAAGAAAAAGGAAAAGAAAGACAAGAAGGACAAAGAGACCCCCAAAAGUCUGCUGGCCCUCGGCUCCUCAUUAGCCCCAGUCCAUGUCCCUCCUGGGGGCCUGGCUCCCUUGAGAGGCCUUGUGGAUGCCCCGGCCUCCGCUCUUCGUGGAUCGCAAAGUGUGGGCCUAGGGAGCUCAGUGGAGUCUGGUCCGCUUGGAGAACUCAUGCUGCCUUCACAGGGUCUCAAGACUUCUGCUUAUACAAAGGGUCUCUUGGGCUCCAUCCAUGAGGACAAGAAUGCUCUCAGCCUCUUGGCUUUAGGGGAGGAGACCAACGAGGAGGAUGAGGUGGAGAGUGACAACCAGAGUGUCUGCAGCUCAAGUGAGCUUCUUAAGAACCUGCACCUGGAUAUUGGGGCACUGGGGGGUGACUUUGAGUAUGAGGAGUCUCCGAGAACAAGCCAGCCAGAAGAGAGGAAGGAUGCUUCUCUGGAUUCCGAUGCUGCAGGGCCCCCCACUCCUGGCAAGCUCCUCAGCCAGGGUGCAGACAGCAGUCUGAGCAGCGCUGAUGGCAAAGGGCAGCAGGGAAGAGGGGCAAGUGCUUGGCUCCUGGAAAAAGAAACGGAUGAGGAGAGUGAUCCUGGGAUGUCCAGGAAUGGGGUGGACCCUGGGGGCAGUGAGCCUGCCAAAGCCAACGAAAAGGAGGCACCAGAGGACCCAGUGGAUGCAGGAGAGGGGGAUCCCAGGAAGGGAGAGGCCGAGGCCGUGGAGGAGGCUUCCGACCCCAAAGAGAGCAGAUCAGACCAGAGCAAGAAGUCGGAGAUUAGUGAACACGUGAAGGAGCUGCAGCUCUUGGACUCCACUGAUUCUGACCCCAAGUCCUUCCUGGACCUGGACUUUGGUUUUCGCAGCCGGAUCUCGGAGCACCUGCUGGAUGUUGACGUGCUUUCCCCGGUCCUGGAUGGAGCCCGCUGGGAGGCCCAGAGGCUGGGAAGAGAAGACAAGGAUGGCAGCCAGUCCAGCCAAGAUGAGCUGCAGAGCAAGCAGUCCAGAGGCUCGGAGAGGUUGUCUCCUCCACUUGUGCCUGGGAGGUGGCACCAGAGUCCCCUUCACAGCCAGGCCACCGAAGAAGGGCCUCCGCAGGCCUCUGAGGGGCAGCCCAGGCAGGAGCAUGCAGAAGAGCCUGGGGAGGACUUUGCAGUCAGCCCCAUCCCGCCUGGUUCCCUGCGGAGGGAGGAGACCCCAGACCCACCUGCCGCCCACGAGAGGGGCAAGGAGCAGCGCUCCCAGGUCACGGAGCUGGGCCUUGGGCAGGAAGAGGCCAAGGAGCCCGAGGAGAAGGUGGCGGCCAGCCCUGCCCCGCCAGUCUCUCCAGAGGCAGAGAAAAGGGUGUGCCACGCCAUGCUAGGCCACAAGGGGAAGGAGCAGGAUGUGUCAGGAGGCAGAAGAGGCGAAAAGGGAGAGCAUGGCCCAGAGCCUUUAUUGGGGUUUCCGUGGGAAGGAAUGGGCAAGGCAGGGCGAUCUACGGAGCCUGCAGCUCCCCCAAAGCAGGCUUCAUUGAAGGCCAUGGAAGAGGCCAUGGCCCAGGACCUGGAGCAAGACCAGAGGCAGCUCCUGGAAUCGAAGCAGGAGAAGAUGCAGCAGCUGCGGGAGAAGCUGUGGCAGGAGGAGGAAGAGGAGAUCCUCCAGCUUCACCAGCAGAAAGAGAAGUCUCUCAGUUACCUGAAGGAGCAGCUGCGGAAGGCCACCGAGGAGGAGGAGACUCAGAUGAGAGAGGAGGAGAGCCGGAGGCUGUCCCAGCUCCGGGCCCAGGUGCAGUCCAGUGCGGAAGCAGAUGAGGGCCGCAUCAGGGCUGAGCAGGAGGCUUCCUUGCAGCGGCUGAGAGAAGAGUUGGAGUCUCUCCAGAAGGCUGAGAGGGCCAGCUUGGAACAGUGGAGCAGACAGAUGCUGGAACAGCUCAAGGAAGAGGUGGAGGCCUCGGAGAAGAGAGAGCACGCUGCCUUGAAUGCCGAGAAGGAGGCGGCUUUGCAGCAGCUCAGGAAGCAGCUGGAGGGGGAGAGGAAAGAGGCCGUGGAAGCGCUGGAGAGGGAGCACCAGGCCGAGCUGGAGCAGCUCUCUUCCUCGCUGGAGGCCAAGCACAGGGAGGUUGUCUCCAGCCUCCAGAAGAAGAUGAAGGAAGCUCAGCAGAAAGAGGAGGCCCGGCUGCAGGAGAGCCUCAGUCGGGCAGAGCAGAGGGCUCAUCAGAAGGUUCACCAAGUGCUUGAAUAUGAGCAAGAGCUCAGUGACCUCCUGCGAGAGAAGCGCCAGGAGGUGGAAAGGGACCAUGAGAGGAGGAUGGACAAGAUGAAGGAGGAGCACCAACAAGUGGUAGCUGAGGCCAGAGAGCAGUACGAAGCCGAGGAGAGGAAGCAGCGGGCGCAGCUGCUGGGCCACCUGACCGGGGAGCUGGAGCGCCUGCGCAGGUCACACGAGCGAGAAUUGGAGGCCGUGAGGCAGAUGCAGGACAGGCAGCUCGAGGACUUGCGGCGUCGGCACCGGGAGCAGGAAAGGAAACUACAAGAUUUAGAGGUGGAACUUGAAACCAGAACCAAAGAUGUCAAGGCCAAAUUGGCUCAACUGGAUCUCCAGGAGGAGACCGCCCGAAAGGAGCAUCAGCAGCUCCUUGAUGUGCAGAGGCAGGUGGCGCUGCAGAGUGAGGAAGUCACAGCCAGCUAUCAGCACUUGGAGGAGUCAAAGAAGGAGCACACCCACCUGUUGGAGUCAAACCGACAGCUCCAAAGACUCCUGGAUGAGCUUCGGGCCCGCAAGGUGGAGCUGGAGUCCCAGGUGGAUGCGCUGCAGACCCAGAGUCGGAGGCUGCAGAAGCACAUCAGCGACCUGGAGGCUGAAGCUCAGAGGAAGCAGGACACACUGAAAGAGCUAGUAGCUAAGGAGAGUAACGCCUCCCCAAGUUCUGAGCCAGAUCUCCACAUUGAGGACCUGAGGAAAUCCCUUGGGACAAACCAGACCAAAGAGGUAUCCUCUUCUCUCUCCCAGAGCAAGGAGGAGACCAACUUGUCCUUGGACAGCAUCCAGCACUACCUCUCCGCCGAGGGGAUGGCUCUCCGCAGUGCCAAGGAGUUCCUGGUGCGGCAGACCCGCUCCAUGCGGAGACGGCAGACGGCUCUGAAGGCCGCCCAGCAGCACUGGUGCCGGGAGCUGGCCAGUGCUCAGGAGGAUGCCGACGAUCCCCCAGGCACCAAGGCCCUGGAAGAUGCGCGCAAGGACCUGGAGGAGGAGACCAGGCACUUGGAUGAGAUGAAGUCGGCCAUGCGGAAGGGCCACGACCUGCUGAGGAAGAAAGAGGAGAAGCUGAAUCAGCUAGAGUCAUCUCUUCGGGAGGAGGCUUCAGAUGAGGACACGCUGAGACGAGCUUCCACCAAGAAGGUGGUGACAUUUGACCUCAGCGACACGGAAGACAUGAGCAGUUCAAGCUCCGAAUCCCACCCCCUGCCUCACUUCAACCUGACUGCAAGUGCCACCUUCCCCUACAAGUUCCAGUACUUGAGCAGCUCCCUGCAGCGGAUCAGCAGCCAGCUGAACGGUGUCCUCAGCAUGCUGGGCAGUCUCAACCCGCAGCCGCCACCACCCCUCUUCGCUUCCACACCAGCGCCCACCCUGCCCCGGGACCGCAGGAGCACCUCCAUACCCGCCUGCCCCUCCCUGGCCCGGGUCUCAGCCUGGCCGCCGGCAGUGCCCACAUCCACCCAGUGGGCCUGGGACCCCGGGCUGGGCUCCACGCUCUCCUCCUCCGUGGCUCAAACAGUGGACGACUUCCUGUUGGAGAAGUGGCGCAAGUAUUUUCCAACUGGAGUCCCGUUCCUCAGCAGCGGCCCUGCCCCACUGGAGAACAGGCUGGGUUAUGUGUCUGCCAGUGAGCAGCUGCGCCUCCUGCGGCGGGCCCAUUCCCACGGCUCCAGCCCUGAGGCAGGCAGCACAGACUUCCAGAGCAUGAUCGAGGCCAACCGAAAGUGGCUAGAACAUUACAGGAAUGACCCCAAGUUACAGCUCUUCUCUUCAGUGCCCAAGCCGGCAGCUACCUCGGGCCUUCUGCAGCUGGGCCUGGAUGAGACCAGUAGCCUGAGGGUGUAUCGCUGCUGAGGCCCCGAGCCUCUCCUGCACCCAGACCAAGUGCCUGAGGAGCUGCCUGCGCUCUAGUCCUUCUGAGAAAGCUUUCUCCUGCCCUAUUUGCUGCUGCCUGCCCCACUCAGAGGAACCCGGCGGCGGGGCCGGAAAGGAUGGUACCACUGGAAUACCGUAAGCCUCCCCCCUGAGACCACGCAUCUCAGGGUGAAGAGUGUGGACUUCUGUGAGCUCCUGCCUGGACAAGGCAACACCGAUGUGGGGCCAUCAGAGCCCGGGCACCUGCAGGAGGAGGUAUUAGGAAUUGUCUUCUGAGGCCAAGGGGCCUGCAGGGCACUCUGUGCUCGGGACUCCUGCGGUUAUGUGUGUAUGGUCCUUAAUUCACCAGAACGAAGCCCCCCAGCAUGUCUGUACCCUGGGACCAGGCUCUAAUACCUCAGCCUCAGAGAGAUCAGACCCUUUUCUUUUUGGUAAGUCUCCUUUCUUGAGCACUCUAUCUCAGGAUUGGGCCCAGAGCCCUGCCAGAGGUUGCUGGAAGUUGGCCCCCAGACGUUCUGCUGCCUGUCCUCCCUCUACUGGCUCUGUGCUUUCCUCAGGGGCGCUCCCUUCCCUUCCCUCGGGCUCCUCCCCCUCAGCUCGAUUCUCAGGUCACAAGCACACAACUUUCAAGAAGCCACAGGAAAAGUCUGGGAUGGCUUUGGGUCUGCAUCUUGGUUUUCUCUUUCUGGGCCACUAUGGGGAGAGUUGUGGGUUCUUGUUUCCACGCCCCUGGCAGCCCUCCUCCGGGCUGGGCUGCACUGGGCCUGGCUCCCUGCGGUCCCACCUCCCGUCAGAGGGCUCCUUGGCGGGGGGCGGCUGUAGCGGAUGUUCUUGGACAUCUGUCCUGUCGUUUAAAUAAAAUGCCCCCGUGUUUGUCUUGAAAGCUCUGGGGUUGCCCCUGCCUCUCCACGGCACAGACACCAAGUCUCUGCCAGGGACUAAGAAACUUUCUACCCCACCCCAGACACACUUUGUAGGCAUCAGUCUGCCAUAGAGAAAAAAAAGUCCAUUUUGCUCUUUGGCUCAUCCCGUGUGCAUUGGGGCUAGCGCACGUAUUACAACCAACUCCGGUGACAAGCCUGUGUUUUCUACAUCAGUUAAAUCCCUGCAGGUCCAUUUGCCACAAGGCAGUUUUGUGAAUGCGUCUCCUCUUUGAAGGCCUUAGACACCUAGGAGGUGUUCUUAAGAGGGAGGAGGCAAAUUUACUCAUGACAACAAGCCUGUAAGCUAGGUGUAUGGAUGAAAACCCAGAGGCUCGGAGACCCGGAAGGGCCUGAGGUCCUGAAGGAAGUCAGUUGCUGCCCAGCGCCGAGCCCCCGGCCCCAUCUGUGCUCCCUGUCCCUGUUGAGUGGAAGCCUUGGGAAGUGCUGAUGUGCUCCAUCUCUCCCUCCCCCCACCCCUACUGGACCACCUACCAGCUGGAGACUCGUGCCAUCUCCCAAAGGCCAUUUGGCAUUGUUUGCUGCAUGCACACAAAUGAAAGCUAAGCCCCCUGAUGUCCUAAGCUGGCAAAGUUAGGUGGGUUUUGUUUUCUGCUCCAGUGGUGUGAGCAGCCAACAUAGUUUUGGGUUUGCAGCAACAAAAUUGCUGGGAGAAUCAACCGAGAAGGCCGUGUUUCAUGGAUUUGCAUAAGAAAACCAACUACAAAUUAAACCA